GACAUGUGUCGCAAUCUCAUUCUCACACAGGAAAGAAAAAGAGAGAGUGGGUGAGUGUGAGAGAGAGAGAGAGAUAGAGAGAGAGAGAGAGAUUGCAGUUUAUAAAAGCCAGCAGGCACUCCCUCUAUCUGUAUCUGCUGCUCCAUUGCUCCCACGUACAGCGCGAAUAAAGGAGCUCAUCUCCUGCUUGACCAUCGGCACAAUGGCAGCGAACCAGUCUGUGAGCAGCUCCAGCAGCAUUUGGGACUCGGACGUUUCGAGAGGAAUCCAAUUUACAGUCACUCUCGUCAUCUUCCUGGUGGGCGUACCGCUGAACGGCCUGGUGGUUUGGGCGCUUGGGUUUCGGAGCCGUCGGAUCCGGAUGCGCAGGGGCAGCGGCGAGGAGACGCGUGCGGCCAGCAGCUUCAGAGUCUACGUGCUGAACCUGGCCCUGGCCGACUUGGUGCUCCUCCUGCGGACCCCCCUCAUGUUGGGCUAUCUGAUUAACUACAGCUGGCCAUUCGGAGAGGUCUUCUGCCACGUGAUCAUGUUCCUUCGAGGGCUGGGAUUGUACGCCUCCGCUUUCCUGCUCUGUGCUGUGGCCCUGGAGCGAUGCUUGUGUCUGCUGAGGCCCGUGUGGGCUCGACUGAAAAGGCCUUACUGGGCCGUUCCUCUGGUCUGUGGCAUCUUGUGGACAAUGGCCACUGGUCUGUCUGCCCCGUACCUUUAUUUCGCUGUCCUGCAAGAAUUCAAAAACGGAACGUACCACUGCCUGGAGAGCGGAGGCUUCAACAUGGGUUUGUUUGUUACGGAAACUGUGGCAGGUUUCAUGUUGCCCCUGCUUGUGUUCCUGGGAAGUAACCUGGCAGUCUUCCUUACUCUUAAGCAAUCAGUGCCCUUAACACCAACCUCCCCCACCUCCCCGUCAAUUGCUCGUAAGAUGACUAGGAUGUACCAAGUGCUCUUCAUCACCAUGCUCCUUUUCCUCACCUGCUGGGUGCCCUAUUUUGUUUGUCGGUUCUUGCAGGCCUUGUCCAUUGGAAACCCCAAAUUAUCUAAAAAUGCAUUUUAUGGCAAAUACAUAUCGCUGUACUUGGUGUACAUAAAAUGCGCCCUCAACCCCGUGCUGUACGUGUUUGCUGCCAGAGGCUUAGGACGGGCUAUCAAAGCUUCACUCCUUUCCACAGUCGAACGGCUUUUCAACGACGAGUCAUCAGAGUCCAUACGAAGGAAGUCACUCAAGAACUCGCAAAUGUAGCACAAAUAUCUCAUCCGAGUAAGAAUAAGUGUAAAUAAAACACAUUAUUAAAGUUUAUGUAAAUAUGUUAUGUUCCCCAAUAGGUUUGUAAGUGACAGGAAAUUAAGAAGUUGGUGACGUUCUGUUCUUCAGAGUGAUCGUGAAUGUAUUUCAGUUUGAUUGCACACAUUUUUUGUUAUUUUGUAUUAAACAAGCACUUUGUACAGAAAGCACAAUAAAGUUUACUUUAAAGACA